CCAUCAUUGUCCAAAUCUUCUCUCUCUCUUGGGUAUUUCUCAAACAUGAAAACUGUUGAGAACUCUUGGAUCAUGAAAAACAAUGGAAACCAAAACCACAAGUUUUCUUUCUCAGAAAACCCAAUUGGGAUCACUGCCUUAUCAUCUCCAUCAUGGUCAUCUUCAACUUUUCAUGCAAUACAGACCCAACAACAGCAACAGCAACAGCAACAACAACAACAAUUUCUUCAGCUCCAAUCAAACCCACAUGGCUUGCCUGUUAUGGCAAAGGAAUCAUCACAGCCCUGUCACUCUAAACCGGUAGACUUGCAGAAUGCUGCAGAAAAGAAGGCAUUUUCACCAGCUUCUGCAAAUACAGCUGUACCCAACAGCUCUCAGAAAAGAACUGCUCCUGCUUCAGUGGUGGGGUGGCCUUCGAUUCGUUCGUUUAGGAAGAAUCUUGCCAGUAGCUGUUCAUCCAAACCAACUUCAGAGUCUCAGAAUUUGGUCCCAAUUGAGGUUCCCAAUCACAAGCUGGUUGAAAGUUGCAGAAAAGAUUUCUUUGUGAAGAUCAAUAUGGAUGGAGUUCCCAUAGGAAGGAAAGUUGAUCUUAAAGCCUAUGACAGCUAUGAAAAAGCUCUCCCUCUAUGAUAUCGCCGCAACCCC